AUGGGCAGGUCCGACAAGAGCGUGCUCAGGAAGGUGAAGCGCGGGCGCUUCGACUUCGCCCCGAGGCACUGGGCGCGCGUGUCCUCGGGCGCCACGGCGCUCGUGGCGCGCCUGCUGUCCGUGGACCCGCGGGCGCGGCUCACGGCGGCGCAGGCCCUCGGCGACGCCUGGCUGGGGCACGGCGCGGAGGCGGAGAGGGCCGCCAUCCCCGGCGGCCUCGUGGAGAGCCUGCGCCGGUUCAGCUCGCGGGACGCGCUCUCGAAGGCGGCCCUCCACGUGGCCGCCGGGCUCCUGGAAGACGCCGAGGUCCGCCCCAUGCGCAGCGCAUUCCUGGCGCUAGACGCCGACGGGGACGGGCGGCUGACGCCAGCCAAGCUGCGGGAGGGCCUGGCGCAGGGCGACCGAGGCCUCUCGGAGCAGGAACUGGCGAAGAUCUGGGGCGGCGUGGACGUCAAUGGCAACGGCACCAUCUUUGGUUUGUGCUCUGCCGUUGGUUUGUUCUUCUGCCAUCGACUACACGGAGUUCCUGGCAUCCACGAUGGACACGAGCAGGUGCUCGGAGGAGGCCGUGUGCCGGCACGUCUUUGA